AUGAAAAACGUUUUUGGUAUUAUAUUCCACAUAAUUCUUUUUAAUUUAUAUAUAUGCCUAAAUCGAGCGGAACUAAUAGACAGUGAUAAAAAUACCGGCAAUAUAAACAACACUGGACAAAAUUUAAGGAAUGGAUUCUCAAAGAAAAAUGUUUCGUUACAAGAUGAACAAAAUAAUACAAUUAUAGGAAAUACUGAUGUAUCAGAAGCAGCGGCAUCAAGUCAUACAUCAGGAACAACACAAUCAGAAGCACAAGCACAAGCACAAGAACAAGUAGAAGAAGAAGAAGAAGAAGAAGAAAAAGAAGAAGAAGAAGAAGAAGGGCAACCAGAAACAGAAACAGAACGUAGAAUCUUAAAUGAGCAAGAACAGCAACGGUUACAAUCUCAAAAACAAGAACAAACCCCAGAGCAGAUAAAAAAAAGACAAGAGAAUGUAGAAAUAACAUUAAAAUUCGUACAAGAAACAGACAAAUUAGCUGAUGAAAUAAUCGAUUUGGCAGAACAAGUAACAGAAGUAGCAAAAGAAGGAGAAAAAAUACGCAAAGAUUUUUUAAAGCUAAGUUCAAAAUCUUUAGAUGAGAAUGAUACAGAACUAUUAGAAUAUGAAGUAUCAAUAAUUGAAGCCUUUUCUUUAGGAAAUGACGCAGUAAGAGCAAGAAAUGAAGCAGAAAAAGCGCAAGAAAUGGCAAAAAAUGCCAAAACUGUAGAAGAGGCAGAAAUGGCUAAAAAUAUAGCAGAACAUGCAAACAAAAAAAUAAAAAUAGUAAAACUAAAUAUGGAAAAUACAGCAGCAAAAUAUAAAGAAGAUUUAUCAGCAUAUCCCCGCACAAGCAAAAAAAAAGUUAGACUACAACUAGUAAAAACAUAUACAGAAGAAGUUGAAGCGGGAAAAGAAGGAAAAGCCGAUAAGGAGGAAGAAGUUAUGGGGGAAAAAGUUGAAGAUGGAGAAGAAGAAACCAAAGAGGAAGUAAUACAAGGCGUACCAAACGUGCUGGAGGAAGAUAAGGAUGAAGAGGAUGAAGCAGAUGAAGCAGAUGAAGCGGAUGAAGCAGAUGAAGAAGAAGGAAAUGGGGAAGGAUCUCAAGGAGAUACAAAUCAAAUGCAAGGCAAAAAGAAUGUUGUUCCAUUAAAUGAUGUUAGUGCUCAUGAAUCACUUGCAGUAAAUUACAAUAGUGUUAAUGACGUUAAAAAAGCAAUUGAGGGAUUAUUAAAAAAUAUGCUUACUAUAGUUGACGAUGAUGCUUAUACUUUGAACACACUCAAAGAAUUAGAGCAAGAUAUCCAAAAAUUUUUUCAAAAAAAUAUAACUACUUAA